CUCCCUCACAGCGCACCAAACGCCCCCACAUGGAGCCCAGGACUCGACUGGGGUCACCCCCGCCAGCCCCCGCGACCAGGAAACCCCCACGGCUUCAGGACUUCCGCUGCUUGGCUGUGCUGGGCCGGGGACACUUCGGGAAGGUCCUCCUGGUGCAGUUCAAGGGCACGGGGAAAUACUACGCCAUCAAAGCGCUGAAGAAGCAUGAGGUGCUGAGCCGGGACGAGAUAGAGAGCCUGUACUGCGAGAAGCGGAUCCUGGAGGCCGUGGGCCGCACGGGGCACCCCUUCCUGCUGUCCCUCCUGGCCUGCUUCCAGACCCCCAGCCACGCCUGCUUCGUGACCGAGUUUGCUCCGGGGGGCGACCUCAUGAUGCAGAUCCACGAGGACGUUUUCCCUGAGCCCCAGGCCCGGUUCUACCUGGCCUGUGUGGUCCUGGGGCUGCAGUUCCUGCACGAGAAGAAGAUCAUUUACAGGGACCUUAAGUUGGAUAAUCUUCUGCUGGAUGCCCAGGGUUUCCUGAAGAUCGCAGACUUUGGGCUGUGUAAGGAAGGGAUUGGCUUUGGGGACCGGACCAGCACCUUCUGUGGCACCCCCGAGUUCCUGGCCCCUGAGGUGCUGACCCAGGAGGCCUACACCCGGGCCGUGGACUGGUGGGGGCUGGGCGUGCUGCUGUACGAGAUGCUGGUGGGUGAGUGCCCAUUCCCAGGGGACACCGAGGAGGAGGUGUUUGACUGUAUCGUCAACGAGGAGGCCCCGUACCCCCGCUUCCUGUCGGUGCAAGGGCUGGAGCUCAUUCAGAAGCUCCUCCAGAAGUGCCCGGAGAAGCGCCUGGGGGCAGGCGAGCAGGACGCGGAGGAGAUUAAGACACAGCCUUUCUUCAGGACCACUGACUGGCAGGCUCUGCUGGCCCGCGCCGUCCAGCCCCUCGCGCCCACCCUUUGCGGGCCCACGGAUCUGCGCUACUUCGAGGGCGAGUUCACGGGCUUGCCGCCUGCCCUGACCCCGCCGGACCCCCGAGGCCCCCUCACUGCCCGCCAGCAGGCUGCCUUCCGGACUUCGACUUCGUGGCAGAGCGGUUCCUGCAGCCCUGAGGGCCUUCCCCGUGUCCCUGGCCCCCGUCCCCCGGACUCUCAGGGCCUCACUGCCCACCCGUCUGCCCAGCUGUGCGCCCUGCCCUGGAGGCCCAGGCCUCGCCUGACGUGGACAGAAAGGGUGGCCCGGUGAGGAGUCGUUUGGUUUGGUUUUUAUACUUGACUUGCUUUAUGGAUUAUUAAAUGUAUAAAACUGUG